UUUACGCACGGAUAGAGAACUAGCAACGAAAUAAUUUGGAAUAUCACGUCAUAGAGCAUAUCAAAGUCAAGAGCGUCUCGCGCUCUGCACGAGAAUCUUAUCAGCCUCGAGCUUCCUGAUAUCGGCAGCAUGCCGUUCAUUCAUUUAUCUCGAAUAAUCACAAUGCGACGCGUUUUCUUCGCAAUUAUCAUGUUUUAUGCCUUUAUGCGAUUCGAACAUAUCUCGCCUAAUCUCCGGCAAUCUGCUUUCUUGUCGCAGGAGCGGACCAGGAGAAGUACGACGCUUUGUGGAUGCUGGAGAAGAAGGCGCGCAGCAUCGGCCAGGAGAGUCAAGAGUCUUUACAAUCGUUUCCGAGAGAGACAUACUCGCCGUCGAAGGUGCACGACACUUUGCCUGGUGAUUAUUCCGUCACGCAGGCUCAAGUGUACAGCGGAGAUUCUUAUGCGCUGACGAUACGGACCUCGAAUUACGUCUGCACCGAUUGCGGCAAGAUAUACAAGUGGCUGGACAGCCUGAAGAGACAUCAGCGGGUAGACUGCGGCAACAAGGAGAAAAAGUUCUCCUGUCACGUGUGCGAUCGAAAAUUCAAAUAUCGAUACGAAUUACGAAAUCACAUGAGAGUGCAUACGGGUGACUUCCUUUCCCGAAUGUGAUUUGUGCGAACAAGUUUGCGAAUUAAAAGAGCAUGCCCUGAUAUGAAUCGCAUCCCGAGGCGAUGCUCGAGAUUGGAACUGAAUCGAUUGAAACUGAGGACUCUUCCAUAUGAUGCCGAUAGAGAUAAAUUCUUCGAAAAAUAGAAUUCUCUCUGCAACACAUAUUUACUGUUGUAUAAAUAUUACAAUGAAAUAUAGUAUUACAAGAAAAAGAAUAAAAAUUAUUUAUUUAUUGACAUUAUUAUGAGAUGUGCGAAUAAUCUUUUUAUUUUUUGGAUAAAUAAAUAAGAAGUCAAAUAUAUUUUAGUAAAUAAAAAUUAUUUUUGUAUUAAGUUUAGAAUAUUUUUUAUACUGAUAUUUCAUUCAAAAUUUUAUCUAUAAUAUAUUAAAUUAUUCUCCAUAAUAGAAAUCAAAGAAGACAUAUUU